AUGGAGAGCUUCAUUGAGUCUCUGAACAGACUCCGGGACAUCCACGAGACGGAGGUGCUGGGCCUGCAGAGCAAACUCCUGGAGCUGAACGCAGAGCGGUGCAGGGACGCCCAGAGGGCAGAGGAGCUGAGCGCCAAGAACCAGCAGCUGCGGGAGCAGCAGAGGGCGCUGAAGGAGAAUGUGCGGGCGCUGGAGAACAGGCUGCGGGCUGGCCUCUGUGACCGCUGUGUGGUGACGCAGGAGCUGGCCAGGAAGAAGCAGCGCGAGUUCGAGGGGUCCCUCCUGCAGAGUCUGCAGCACGUCUUCAUCCUCACCAACGAGAUGAGUCGGCUGCAGGAGGAGAACAACGGCCUGAAGAAGGAGGUGAAGCGGCUGCGGGGCCCGGGGGACAGGCCGCGGCCCCCCAGCAGGGCCGGCACCUCCAGCCCCCCGUCCCCGUCCUCCCCUGGCACCUGGAAGACGGGGGCCGAGACGCCGGCCAGGGUCCCCGCGGAGGCGCAGGACGAGCACCCAGGUGGGGUCGGAGGGAAGGGGGAGAAGCCCGUGGGGUAUCAGGUGUCCCCAGGAUCCAGGACCUCGCCAGGGGGCAGCGGCCCUGAGCCGCCCUGGCCCUCAGACAUGAGCCCCCAGCGCAUCUCCAACCAGCUGCACGGGACCAUCGCCGUGGUGCGCCCCGGGCCCUGGGCCCCCCGGCCCGCCUGCAGCGGCCCACCCAGCCCCCCAGCAGACAGCCUCCUGCAGCCUCCCGCUGGGGCCUCCGCGUCCCUGACCUGUCCCCGGCGGGCCGGCCACCUGUGCCUCCUGGCCCCUCACCUGGCCCUGCGCCUGCACAGCCCGCCGGGCCCCAAGGCAGGGGCAGAAGAGGCCUGGGAGGAGACCCCCGGGCCCCCCACGAGCCCGCAGCUGGAGGGGGCCCUGCAGCUGCUCCUGGCCCGGCAGCUGCGGGCACGGGGGCUGGUGGGUGCGCCCAGGCCCCGACGACUCCCCACGCCAGCACAGACGCCCCCCUCCCCAGCAGCCGGGUCUGACUCCGAGGGCCCCGAGGGCGAGGGCCCGCCCCCCCGGCCCCCCCGGCCCGACAGCCCCCCGCGGAAGGAGACCUCGGCCGCAGGAGACUGGCUCCCGGACAAGCCCCUAGACCUUUCCGAGUGGGGCCGGGACCGGGGCCGGGGCACCCCCAAGCCCGCCAGCACCCCGACUGCCAGCCCCAAGCCCCCCCUGGGAGCCGAGGCACCCGGGCAGCCGGGGGUCCAGAGGGAGGACGCCCCCCAGAGGCCCCAGGCCCUCCCCGCAGAACACGGCGAGGGACUGCGGCUGAGGUCGGAGCAGCAGGAGCCGGAGACCCCGGGCUGUGAGGGGGACACCAAGGAGACCUCAGAGGCGUCCCGGCUUGUAAGCGAGGACCUCGGGGCAGGGCCGGCCCCCAAGAGGAAGCGGAGCUCGGAAGCCUGGGGUGAAGCCUCCAAGAAGCCAGCCCUGGGCCAGACCCCCGGCGAGUCCCCGCUGGGCGGUGCCAGCAGCCCCUCGGGGCAGACCUAG